AUGUGGGUCAUGAAGAACACCACGCAGACGGCCGGUGUGGAAACAUAUGGCCAAGCAUUCCGCACCUAUGACUACUUCCCGACCAAACAUGCUGCGGCGUAUUCUGAUGUGCGGGGCGACCAGGCUCACUUCGGCCCUCAGUUCAUGACUUGGCACAGCGCCUUCGUCUUGGAAUUCGAGAAUGCGCUUCUGAGCGUGGACAGCACGAUUGGUACGUUGCCAUACUGGGACUCAACAGUGACCUCUCCGUCCAUCUUCUCGGAGACCUACUUCGGAAGUGCUCCUGGCACAGGGUCCGACUCUCAAGUUGUCGACGGUGCCUUCCCGAACUGGUGGAUCAAGGCGGGCUUUUCCUUGUCAGACUACAACCCAACCGGCAGCUCUCCAUACACUGGCUCGCCCGUCGGAAUGUUGAGGGGGCCCACCAACAACAACGCAAAUGCCAUGAUGACACGCUUCGGCUCGGGCAGUUAUUCCUACGACGCAAACGAGUUCUGGAUCUGCGCGAACUUGGACGGGUUUUGGUAUGACUGGUACAAGUGCGUCGAGGGGGAUGCGACUGUCAGCGGGAGCCUCCACGGAGGACCACAUGGGCAGGUGGGCAGCAGCUCAGGCGGCAACAGCGGUGACUUCGAGGACCCGGUCACAUCGCCGAAUGAUCCCCUCUUCAUGUUUCAUCAUGCAAACGUGGACCGCAGCAUGCGUUGGUGGAUGCUGAAGAAUGCAGCCAAGCGCAGCACCUUCUAUGGCUUUCCUGCAGCUAACGCUGAAGGCAUUCGCGAGAAUAGCGGGAAGAGCUAUUACGGGCAGAACCUCCCCGACGUGAUGUCAAGCACGUGGGGUUUCACCGCUGCCGACCUUGGCUUCUCCAAUGCCUCCGCCGGGUUCCAGACCAACGCGGACUUGCUUUGCCACAACGGUCCCUCCACGAGUGCGUACACCUAUGACACGGAGGUGGCCUGCUCUGGAGGAAGUGCAGCCUGCUCGGCGGUUUGGGGCGAUACCACAACGACGCAGGCCGGGACGACAGACGGCACGACAGACGGGACGACACAGGCCGGGGGUCAAGCUAGCGACACCGCUAGCACGGGCCACCGACGGCACGUAGAAGCCACGGUGUUGAUGUCAGGCAUCCUUGUGGCCUUGGCCGCCAACUCAUGA